UCGACACCGUAUUUUCUGUAUUGUUGGUGACGGAUCACGCCCCUUUCUUCCCUUCUGCUUGUUUUGGAAAUAAAAGAGACUUCAUUGACUGUGCGGAUGCUUUGUGCAAAGCCAUUCAGUCGUUUGCAGCCCGGAAUGUAACACAUGCAGGACGGAAAGGACCCGGCUGGACAUUUUGUAGUGGCAUGUGAGGAAUCUGUGCAAGCGACGCGCCUGAGGUAAAUCCGAACAUUUCCGAAUUGUGCCGACGUUUCCCGAACCAUCUGUACUACCGGACUGCUCGAGGCGGCCGCUUAACGCCAUGUUGAGAUAACUCUCCGACGUAAAUGAGGUAUUACUUUGAAAAUGAAACGAAGAACUGAAUAAAAGCACCCGGGAGAGAUUUGAAGAACAGGAUUUUAAUAGCGGGGUCAGUGAAGAACCAGGGCGGAGGAGAGUUGUGUGCUGAACCCCCCUUUAACGUCCCCGUCCCCAUGAACAGCAGCACGUACGACCCCGAGAAAAAAGCGACUGCACCGAAAAUGGCUUUUUUUCGCACCACUAGUGAGAUACUCAUAUUCCAUAGCGUGAAGUUUCUUACGGCCUGCUAAAGAGAAGAUACGCGCCUAUGUGCGGUAGAUAGCUGCACUGUGUCAGUAUUUUAGCCGCCUAUUUUUUUCUUUUGAAUUUAUCUUUUUUUUUAGUGUAGCACCGCCAUGAGUUCAGCGCCGAAUGCAGCCACUGUAACCGGACCGAGCCAGCUGCGGGUUCCCCCGGUGUCGGUACCACCGGGAGUCACGGCCGCUCCUCAGCCUCCCACCGUGCCGGUACCGCCACCUCAGUAUCCUUCACUAGCCGGCAUUUCAGUCAGCCACAGAGCCGAAGCAGAGAGCAGCGAGCGCCUGGUCUGGAUGUUUGUCAGGAUAACGGCCGCUGAGGUCCCGAGGCACCCUGGUCCUCCCUACCAAGGGCACGAUCUGGGCAAAGUCCCCUCACCUGCUCUGUCUCAGGUAUCAGCCCCUCCUGCGCCUGCCUACCGUUACCUUAAGGGCUGGGAACCAGGCGGAACGCCCUCCUACAGCCCCACACAGAAUGCUGGCUCUGCCUCCCUCAUAUAUUCUCCACAGACACAGCCAAUGAAUGUACAGCCUCCCAGUCGCCCCUUUGUGACAGGGCCUCGGCCCACCCACCAUCAGCAGAAGCCUACUAAUCCAGAUGUUUACCAGGAAAUGACUGACUGUCUCAGACACCCAGGCCGGUCAUAUGUCAGAGCCUGCCUAAGCAUGUGGGAUAUCAUGUUCUUGCACAGGGCUCAGAUGCAGACACCUCGGCCUGCUCUUCCCACCAACACUCCCUCGCUCCGGCACGGCUCUCAGACCCCCACAGCAGCUGCUGUCUAUCCCCCUAAUCAAACUAUCAUGAUGACCAUGACUCCCAUGCCUUUUCCCUCAGCGCAAACGGCUCAGUACUACAUCCCCCAGCCUCAGUAUCGACACAGUUCACCCUAUGUUGGACCUCCGCAGCAGUUCUCUGUCCCACCCCCUGCCUCUGGAACCUUCUACCCUGGCCCUGGCCCAGGAGAAUACCCUGCACCCUACGCAACAGCUGCUCCGGGUCCAGCCUAUUUUCCAGGCCAGACGGUGUAUCCCUCUUCAGCCCCAAUUAUAGUGCCUACAGCACCACAGCAGCCUCCACCAGCCAAGCGUGAGAAGAAGCCUAUCCGGAUCCGGGACCCCAACCAGGGUGGGAAGGACAUUACAGAGGAGAUCAUGGCUGGCAGCGGGAAUACCACACCCCCUGUGGGCCGUCCUUCCUCCACCCCCACCCCUCCUCAGCGAAGUGCCAGUCAGACGCCAGAGCAGUUAUACUACAACAUGGACCCACCCUACAGACUCAGUCCUGAUAGCAAGCCCACCUUAGAGGACAAGCCCAGAGCUGAUUUUGCUCCCCAUAAAUCUUCAUCUCCUGGACCUUCAGAGUCCUCCACAGAAAGAAGAGAAGCUCCAACUCUUCCUGUAUCAGACGCUUCAUCUCACACGAAACCUGGAAUGCCCUCUAGUUUCCCUCUUCCUCUCAGCACCUGCAAUUCGAAAGUUGCAGGUGAACCAGAAGAGCUUUCUAAAAUUUCCACUACUGUAGCUCAAUCUCCCAUCCCUGUGGAAGAAGAAACUCUUCCAGAAGCUACCCCCAGCCCCACCGCCUCCUCCCCUUCUCCAGGAAAAGCAGUUAAUGGUCUAUCCGAGUCACCACCCCCCUCUCCAAUCUGUGAGCAGGAGAUCCAGGUACAAGAUGUUCCCUUGACCAGCACUCAGUCCACAACUUUGGCUCAAAAUGAAGCACCAGUUUCAGGAGAAGCGAUCCAGACAGAGGCCCCUGCCCCUGUGACCCAAAUUUCAAUUAGCCCAACCACCUUGAUACCUUCUAAUGCCAUGUCUCCUCUAGCGCCAUCCUCUUGCCUGCCUGUUUUAAUUCAACCUCCCAGAAGUGACACAGACGAGCAAGGCAAGGCCCGUGGUGCUAAUGAUGUGCACCUAAAAGCUGAAACAGCAGCACAGAGCUCUGAUGGUUUAUCAGAAACACACAGUCAGACUAAUUCCAGAAAGAUAACGGCAACAGUACAAGCGGCUUCUGUUGCACCAAAGGACCGGACAAAAACAAAUGAAGAGAAUUCGGCUGUGGAUUCACUACACGAGGAAAACAAGGAGGAGUCCACCACUGAUGGCUCAGCUGGAGAAGAGGUCUGUAGACCAGCUUCAGAGAUGAGAAAUGGCUUCUCUCCAGCUCCAGCGUGCUUUCCAGAGGAGAACGGAGAGACAGAAACAGAACCGCUGAAAAACGGAGAUGGACCCGUGUUGGAAACUGAGCACCUGGAUAACACGGUCACUCCUGAGGAGGGGAAGGGCUCUCCAGUGCAGGAAGUGCUCACGCAGCCCAAUGGGAAAAGACAGUAUGACCGGGACUUCCUGCUGGGCUUCCAGUUCAUGCCAGCAUGUGUGCAGAAGCCAGAGGGCUUGCCGCAAAUCACAGAUGUAGUUCUGGAUAAGAUUAACCAAACUAAGUUACCGAUAAGGCCAGUGGACCCACGGGUGCUCUCCAGAGGGCCUGACUUCACCCCGGCGUUUGCUGACUUUAGCAGGCAGUUACUAGGAGGACGGGGAGCACCACUCCUCAGCUUGCCUGCCUGGCGACCUCAGCCUCGCAAGAUCAUCAUGAAUGUUUCCGUGAAUGAUGAGGUGCAGCUGCAAAAGGCUGAGAAUGCUUGGAAGCCUGGCAUUAAGAAAGAAACGCUCACAGAGGACCAGGAAACUCAGAAAACACAGGAGCUUUUCCGGAAGGUGCGCAGCAUCCUGAAUAAACUGACGCCCCAGAUGUUCACACAGCUGAUGAAGCAGGUGACAGACCUCACCAUAAACACAGAGGAGAGGCUUAAAGGAGUCAUCGACCUGGUGUUUGAGAAGGCCAUCGAUGAGCCCAGUUUCUCUGUAGCCUAUGCCAACAUGUGCCACUGCCUGGCUACACUGAAGGUGCCAAUGGCAGAUAAACCUGGCACUACCGUUAACUUCCGGAAGUUGCUGCUGAACCGCUGUCAGAAAGAAUUUGAAAGGGACAAAAUGGACGAUGCUGUGUUUGAGAGGAAGCGGAAGGAGCUUGACUGUGCAGCAUCAACCAGUGAGAAGGAGCGCCUGCAGGAGGAGCUGGAGGAGGCGAAGGACAAAGCCAGACGGCGCUCCACUGGCAACAUCAAGUUCAUCGGUGAGCUGUUUAAGCUGCGCAUGCUAACAGAGGCCAUCAUGCAUGACUGCGUGGUGAAGCUGCUGAAGAACCAUGACGACGAGAGCCUUGAGUGCCUCUGCAGGCUUCUCACUACCAUCGGCAAGGACCUGGACUUCGAGAAGGCCAAGCCUCGCAUGGACCAGUAUUUCAACCAGAUGGAGAAAAUUGUCAAAGAGCGCAAGACAUCAUCUCGAAUCCGCUUCAUGGUACAGGACGUGAUCGACCUGAGAUUGCAUAAUUGGGUGUCGCGCAGGGCUGAUCAGGGCCCCAAAACCAUUGAGCAGAUCCAUAAAGAGGCCAGGAUUGAGGAGCAGGAGGAGCAGAGGAAGGUCCAUCAGCAGCUAUUGUCCAAGGAUAAAAGGAGGCCAGAUCCGAGGGAUCAGCGCGGUCUGAGAGAAGAGACUUGGAGCACCGUACCAAUGACCAAAAACAGCAGGACCAUAGACCCCACAAAGAUCCCCAAGAUCUCCAAGUCGCAGUUUGAUGAUAAGAUCCAGCUUGGGCCCCGGGCUCAGCUUAGCUGGGUGAAGGGCAGCAGUGGAGGAGCCAAGGCCAGCAAUUCUGAGUCACCCUCGGGUACCAGUAGUCUGAACCGCUAUUCAGCUCUGCAGUCAUCCACAAUGCCCCCAGCCCAAACCCCUGACCCAGACUCCAAACACUCUCUAACAAGUCGAGGCAGCUGUGGUCGGGAGCGAAGUGAGAAUCCUCAGAGUACAGGCCCGUCAAGGCUCCUCAAUCGCAGUAGCAGCAAUAAGGAGCUAGGGGAGAGUGCGGCUGCUGAGGAGCCAUCCAGGGACACACAAGCCACAUCCCGCAAAACGAGCAUCUCAGAGGACAGAAGCAACACUGAGCACAGCCAGUCCCGAGAUCCUUCAGUAAAGAAAGAAAGCUCUGUGAGUGUGGCUCCAGCAAAGCCUGUCCUGUCUGAGGAGGAGAUGGAGAGGAAGUCUAAAUCCAUCAUCGAUGAGUUCCUGCACAUUAAUGACUACAAGGAGGCAGUGCAGUGUGUGGAGGAGCUGCAGCAGGUGUCUCCGCUGGCUGUAUUUGUGCGGGUGGGGGUGGAGUCCACAUUGGAACGUAGUCACAUGGCCCGAGAACACAUGGGGCAGCUCUUCUACCAGCUGAUCCACAGAGGCAGUCUACAAAGGGCCCAGCUAUAUGCAGGCUUAGCAGACACACUGGAAACGGCUGAUGACAUGGCCAUAGACAUUCCUCACAUUUGGCUGUAUCUGGCUGAGCUGCUCAGUCCUCUGCUCAAAGAGGGAGGCAUCUCCAUGAGAGAACUCUUUAGUGAAAUAAGUAAACCGUUACUCCCAGUGGGAAAAGCUGGCAUCUUAAUGGCGGAAAUACUUCACCUACUAUGCAAACAAAUGGGUCAGAAGAAAGUGGGGAGUUUAUGGAGGGAGGCAGGGCUUAACUGGAGUGACUUCCUGUCAGAAGAGCAGGAACUCCAAAGCUUCAUCUCCGAGCAGAAGCUGCAGUUCACACUAUCUGACUGUUCGUCUGCCCACUCUGCUCCUCCCAUGCACACUCUCACGCCAGAUGAGUUGCACAGACACCUUGAGCGUCUCCUACUAGAGGACCUGGCCAGUGAUGAGCAGAUUUUUGACUGGGUCGAGGCCAAUGUGGAUGAAUCUCAGAUGAGCUCUUCCCCAUUCCUGAGAGCUUUAAUGACUGCAGUGUGUAAGGCAGCUGUUAGAGAUGAGAAUUCGUCCUGCAGAGUGGAUACAGCCAUCAUACAGAAGCACCUCCCUGUGUUACAAAAGUACUUUAACUCGGACACUGAGCGUCAGUUACAAGCACUUUAUGCACUGCAAGCAUUAAUAGUGACCUUGGAUCAACCACCCAAUCUGCUAAGGAUGUUCUUUGACUGCCUCUACGACGAGGACGUGAUUUCAGAGGAUGCUUUCUACAAAUGGGAAACAUGUAAAGACCCAGCUGAGCAGCAGGGAAAGGGCAUAGCGCUAAAGUCCGUCACCGCCUUCUUCACCUGGUUACGGGAGGCUGAGGAAGAGUCCGAGGACAAUUGAUGUGAGGAGGCGGCGGCCACCGAUUGAUGCAUGGAGGCACGCUGCCAAUACAAACGGAAAACUGUACCCUCUGAACUCAAACACACUACCUUCACACACGCUCUCACUCGUGGCCAGACACAAGGUGUAGCGCCUGAGUUUCUCGUGGUAUGGAUUCUGAAAAGCUAAAACCCUGUAUCAUAUAUAUAUAUAGAAAAUAUUUUUUGGUUUAAAUUUUGACAAUUUUUGUUCCUUUUGUUAUUUUUAAAGAAGAAGCUUAAAAGAAACAGGUUCUGAAAUUCUUAAUUUAUUAUUUUUUUAAACAUUCACAAAUACAAAGUCUAUUUAACAUUUGCAGGUCUUCACAAUAAGAGGAAUGUUGAUAGAAAUAACAGAAAUACCUUAAUAUUAAUGGCUAUUAAGAAAUAUGUACUCACCCUUCCUGAAUUUCAUGUCAUACGAGCCUGAAGGGAAGGAAAAUUUUGGCAUAAAGGGGAUGAUGCAGAAAAAACUGACUGUUUUCUCAGGUCAUGUUGUUCUUGAGUAACCCCAGUAAUUGCAUCUAUUGUUUUAUUUUUAUUCAGUGUGGAAAGUGGGUAAAUUCUCACCAUGAGAAAGUUUAUGCAAAAAUGCAUAGGUCUCACAAAUAGGAGAACUUCCUGAAGAUUAUGAACACUAGAUGAAUUGAAGGAUUACGAUGCAAAUACUACUAAUGCAAGUUUAAACCGUUCCAUGGCGGCCCUGCCUGCUUGUGAUAAAUGCCUAUUGGAGAACAUGUAAAACUUGUAAAUACAUUAAACACCAUAAAAGCGA